AUGUCGCGAGACGUCGAGACCAGACCUGGCAAACCGCCGGCGCCGCCAUCAUGGGCAUCGGUGCCCAACAAAUUCCAGCUGUUCGUCAUCUGCAGCGUCCGCAUCGUCGAUUUCUUCCAGCAAGCCGCGCUGCAAGCAUACAUGUACUACCAGCUCAAAUCGUUCUCGCCCUCGGCUACGGACAGCCAGAUCUCGUCCGAGGCCGGUGUGCUGCAGGGCGUGUUCACGGCGGCGCAAGUCUUCACCGGCAUUCUCUGGGGCAGAGUGGCGGAUUCGCCGUCGUUUGGCCGGAAGAGUGUGUUGCUGAUCGGCCUGACCGGACAGGGUCUGAGUUGUGUCGGCGUGGGAUUCUCGCGGAGUUUCCCUGCCGCGGUGGUCUGGCGAUGUCUAGGAGGGGCGAUCAACGCGACGGUCGGCGGCGCCCGAACGUCGUUGGCCGAGUGCACGGAGAAGAAAUACCAUUCGCGCACAUUCCUGCUGCUUCCGCUGGCGUGGAACAUUGCCAACAUCUUCGGCCCGCUGUUCGGCGGCCUCCUGUCGGAUCCGGUGCACAACUACCCCGGGCUGUUUGGCGAGCAUUCGACCUUCGGCGGCGCGGACGGCGUGGGCUGGCUCAAGACGUUCCCGUACGCGGCGCCCAACCUGUUCUGCGCGCUCGUCUUGUUCGCCGACGCCCUGCUCGUCUGGAUGGGGCUGCGCGAGACCUUGGUCAGCAAGAAAGACCAGCCCGACCGCGGCAUCGAGCUGGCUGAAAGCAUCCGCUACCGCCUCAGCAACCUGGUCUUCCGCCGGUUCGGAUACACGCAGCUCGGCCAGACCGAGGCCAACAACAACGGUCCAGAUACGACCGGCUUGGACGACGAGUCCAUGCCGUCGAGUACGCCGCUCACACCUCUCCCGCCCAAGGAAGUGGACAACAUGGCCGCGGCCGCCAGCAACGACGCCUCCAAGGCUUCGGCCGCGUCACGGCUUCCUGAUGUCCCCAAGGCGGCUCCGCCCUUCUACCACGCCUUCACGCCCAACGUGUUCCUGGUUCUGGCGACGGUGGCGAUCAUGGAUUUCCAGAUGGGCGGCUUCACGUCGCUGUGGACCAUCUUCCUGUCGUCUGCGCGCCGCACCGACGAGGAAAAAGCCACCAUCCGCCCGCCAUUCGUCUUCACCGGAGGCCUGCAGUUCUCCGUCACCACGAUCGGCCUGGCCAUGUCGAUCCUGGGCUUCGUCGGCAUCUUCCUGCAGCUCACGCUGUAUCCAACGAUCAACGCCCGCUUCGGCCUUCUGCGGUCGACGCAGUGGUCGCUGUUUGUUUUCCCCAUCGCCUACGCCCUGGCGCCGUACCUGUCGCUCCUGAUCUCGCAUCAGUUUCUGCUCUGGGUCGGCAUCGUCGUCGUGGUGCUGUUGCAGGUUUCGGCCCGCACCUUCGCCAUCCCCGGAUCUGUUCUGCUCAUCAACAAUUCGAGUCCCAGUCCGGCCAUGCUGGGCACCAUUCACGGCAUGGGCGCCGCCACCUCGAGCGCGUUCAGGACCAUCGGUCCCAUCGUCGCCGGGCGCUGGUACGCUCAGGGGCUAGAAAAGGGGAUAGUUGGUUGGGCUUGGUGGUGGUUAAGCCUGGUCAGUCUGGCAGGCGUGGUGCCGAGUUUCUGGGCCAGAGAUGGGAAGUGA